AUGAACACCAAAAGAAAUUCGCAGCAUGUGUCAAAUUUGUACAACGGAGGUAAUCCCGGUACUGUAGGAAGGGACAGUCCAUCGGCAUUGUUGGAAGUACUUGCAGAAGUUGCAUCUCAAACACUGCAUUCAGAAAAGAAACAUAUUAACUCAAUGCUGACGUUGCAAUUCAAACCUAAAGCUGCGAGUAUGAAACGGAAAGAAUCGUCUUUUACUGUAUCUCAACUUGCAUCUAUGUCUGUUUCACACCUUGUUAAGCAAUUCGCUAUUUUUACAAGCGAUGAGCUCAAAAGACAAUAUUCUUACACUUGUGCAUUAGUGCCUGGUUGCCAUGAGAAAUAUACUAGUUUUGCUAGUGAAGAAAAGGCAAGAUCGUGCAUUAAAAAUCAUUUAGAGAAGCAUUUAGAACAUCUAAAAGCAGAUAAAGAGACUUAUGAUACAUUUACAGCAAAAAGUAUAAACCAUAAGAAUCUCAAAACUAAUUUACAAAAUAAGAAAAGUCGGAUGCAACAGAUAAAGAAACCGCAAGAAACGUUAAAUAAGGAGAAUAAAGAUGUGAUAUUGGAAAAGCCCACUAAUUAUUUACGUAAAAUAUUUUUGAACGAUAUUAAUAUUAAAGAAAAUGAGAAGCAGAAAUGUUUCCAGAAAUCGGAAAAUAAGGAAAUUUAUGACACUGACUCAAAAAAUUCUUUGCAAAUAGAUAGUAAGGUUCUUGGCGAUCAUAGUUAUUCUGAACGGUUAGAUGAUACGACAUCUAAUAGAAAAGAAACAUCUCUCAGUAAUGUACCUGAUGCAUCAGGAGAAGAAAAUAUCGUGUUGAUGGUUGUUGGAACUGAUAGUGUACAUAUGAAAGAUAUUUUAUAUAUAUGUAUAUGUACGAAAUCAUGAUCAGAUGAAACUCAAAUCAGCACGGAAUCAAACACAGAAAUAUGUACAACUACAAAGCCUAAAGGAAAAGCAAAGUUUAUUGGCACCAGCAAAGAAGAAAGGGAAAUGGCACUAGCAUAUAUAGAACGCAUUAAGAAGAAGGGUAAUCCUACAGGGAACAAUCUUCAAUGUCGCAUCUGCGACCCUCCUCGUAGUUUCACAGCGCCUACAACUUUAGUGUCUCAUUAUCGAAGUCACGCUGGAAUAAAACCAUACGAGUGUCGGAUAUGUAAAGCUGUUUUUACGAGAAGGCAUAGUUUGAAAUACCAUACGUUGAUUCAUCAAAAUCAGACUCGUUUUACUUGUACGGAUUGUGGAAAAAAGUUUAGGCAUCCAUCUCAUUUUAGAGAACAUCAACGUAGGCAUACUGGAGAAGCACCCUUUGGAUGUGAUGAUUGUGGACAACGGUUUAAAACCAGAAAUACUUAUAAACGUCAUUUAAAAACACGACACAAUAAAAUCCUUACUACGUUUGGUGAAGUUUUGCAUCCUCCAGAAGAAGACUUUCAAAAUGUUCGAAUUCAUCGAAAAAGGAAAGGCGACUCUUCAGAAGCUACAAUGAAUAUCGAUAACAUCGCGUCCGAUACAAUCGUAAGGUUUGAAAACCAUGACGAAACGCAAAUUAUUACAAAUAAAACAGAGGAGUAUGUUCUAAAAGAUGGUAUUGAUAAUAAUAGAAACUGGGAAACAAACGAAAUAAUACAAAUUGAUAAAUUUGCGAGUUUUGAGAUUUGUUCGGAAUCUCAAUUGAAUAAGACUGAUGGUAUAGAGACUGAAAUAGCUAUAGAUUGUAAAUACCCUGAUAGAGAGAACAGCGAUGUCAAUGAGGAAUGUAUCGAUAGUAUAGAGGAUGGUCUGCUGCAAUUAAAAAAUCCUUUUUACGAUAAUUUAAGAAUAACCGAUAAUGAAGAGAAUCAUGUUGUUCAGGAUAAUAUCGAGGAUCAGGAUUAUGAGUGUAGCAAUGAAAUAAACUGUAACGUCAAUUCUCAAAGUGAAACAUCAAAAGAAGAAGAACAAAAGGAUGAAGUAAUAGAGCAUGAAGUAAAUACAGUUUUCCCAGAAGAACAAGAUAAAAACAACUUGCAAGUGUUGCAAGAAACGCACGAUUAUCAUAAGAAAAUAUCCGAUAGUGAUUUACAAGACAAGAAUCCAACAUAUUUAAAAACAUUACAAACAGAAGCUACAAGUUCCAAUGAAAAUGAUCAAAAAUAUGAUGAAAACUAUGUCAUUACACAGAACGAUGUCACGAAUGAAAAUCCUACUAAAUAUGCAAAUAAUUUUGAUGUUGAAAAUAGAGAACAUCUAGGAAAUAACAUUUUCUGUGCACAGGUUGUAUAUGCAAAUAUUAAUAUUUUGCAAGCGUACGAUGAAGUUAAUGAAGAGAUUAUUCUAGAAAAUCAAAAUAACGUAUUGCAAGAAAGCGAAUGUAUAACUCAAUCUGUUGCGACUGAUGUGGUAGAAAUCUUAAAUGUUUCUUCGAAAGACAGUGGUGAAGCAAAUCAGGAAACCGAUCAACGACAAAGUCAUCAGUAUUUAUACGUCCGUUCCGAACAGUUAAGUACAUUAAUCGCUCAGAAUAAAUACGUAACCAUACCGCUACAUCAAAUUAAGUUGUGUCGCGAUCAUGGAUUGCAAGCGAAAGUGGACAAUCAUCGAUCAAUAUAUAUUAUAAAUGAGGAUAUACAAACAAUUAUAAAGCAAUCUGAGAAACAAAACACGAUUUUAAUUUUAUCUAGUGAUAUCUGCAAGAACAGCAUUUUUCAAAUUGACAAAAAUAGUAUUAUUGUCAAAGCUCUAAAAAGAUAG